AUGCUAAACCAGAGCUUUGUCACUGAGUUCAUACUCUUGGGACUCUCGCAGAACCCAAAAGUUGAGAAAAUAUUGUUUAUUGUAUUUUUAUUGAUCUACCUUGCAACUAUUGGGGGCAACAUGGUAAUUGUGGUAACAAUUGUAUGCAGUCCCACACUCUUUGGUACCCCCAUGUACUACUUUUUGUCUUUUUUAUCUUUCUUGGAUGCAUGCAUUUCUUCUGUAAUCACACCUAGAAUGAUUAUAGACUUCUUCUAUGAGAGAAAGACUAUCUCCUUUGAAUGUUGCAUGACACAGCUUUUUGCUGUCCACUUCCUUGCAGGGGCAGAAGUGAUUGUCCUGUCAGCCAUGGCCUAUGACCGCUAUGUGGCCAUUUGCAAGCCCCUUCACUAUUCUUCCAUCAUGACGCAAAGGCUCUGUGGUUUUCUAGUGUUGGUAUCUGGGGCAGGAGGCUUUUUGCAUUCUGUCAUACAAAUUAUAUUCACGUUACAGCUGCCUUUAUGUGGAACCAAUAUUAUUGACCAUUACAUGUGUGACUUGUUCCCAUUACUGAAGCUUGCCUGCACUGACACACACAUUUUUGUCAUUUUGGUGUUUGCCAACAGUGGGUCUAUUUGCAUCAUUAUUUUUUCCUUAUUGCUUGUUUCUUAUGGUGUCAUCUUGUUCUCUUUGAGAUCUUAUAGUUCUGAAGGGCGACGUAAAGCUCUCUCCACAUGUGGAUCCCACAUUACAGUUGUGCUUUUGUUCUUUGUCCCAUGUGUAUUAAUAUAUGCACGAAAUACUUCUGCAUUCUCUUUUGAGAAAAAUGUGUUUAUAUUUUCUGAUGUACUGACACCAUUGCUUAAUCCUAUAGUUUAUACCUUCAGGAAUAAAGAAAUGAAGAAUGCCAUCAGGAAAAUAUGGUGGAGAUUUUUGAAUAUUUCUGGCAAACAUUAA